ACCUCUCCUCACAUCAAACCUCAUUUAAAAGGCGCCAUUUCCUCCUCCCCCAAUUUAAAAUCCCCUAAAAACCCUAACAUUUCACUUUCUCUGUGUUUUCGGUUUCGUAUCGUGUAUUUUCGUGUCGUGUUCUCGAGUCGUGCUGGUAAUUGAAACACCCACACACCAUGCUCUCCCACACUUACGCCACCGACUCGCAGACAAAGUCCGCCGAGCUCGCCGCCACCAUCGCCGCCGCUACCUCGCCGGCGCAAAUCGCCGACGCCUGCGCCGCCGUGGAGUCGUUCCUCGCCAAACGCACACCCGAGCAGAACAAAUUCUUCUUCACCACCGCCUUCCCAACCCUAAUCUGCAAGCUCUUCGGUUUCGAAGACGCUCCGUCUUCGAAACCCAACGGCUGGACCGAAAUUAUUGCUAAUUGCGGCGAUUCGGAGCUUAAUUCCAAAGUUUUCAAUUUUUUAUCGCCGAAUAGUGUUCUAAUUUCUUCGAUUUUUGCGGCUGAUCGUUUGUCGCAGGUCAAGUAUGUGUUCCCGACGGAGCGAUUACCGGAGUGGAUGCGCUUCAUGUUUCGUAACGAGAGGGAGGUCAGUGUUUUGUCAGAGCUUUGUCCGUUGUUUAGAGGUAGAGUUUCGAGUAAUGCUGGUUGUUUAAAUGAAGUUAGGUUAAAUGUUUUUGAGUACUAUAUGUUUUGGUUUGCGUAUUAUCCUGUUUGUAAGGGGAAUUCUGAGAGUUUUGAGACGGUUAAGGCUCCGAGUGGUGAGAGUAAGAGGUUUAGGUUUGAGAAUUGGGCGUAUUCGAUUCCGGUUUUUUCUCAAGUUAAGAGAGGUGGAGGUGAGCCGAAGAGCGAAUGUAGUUUGUAUGUUAAGCUUUUGUAUGCGUAUUUGAGGGAGUAUGUGACCGUUGGUGAGUUAAGCAGUUAUCAGCCUUAUCGGAGCUCGUUGCUUCAUUAUUCGGGUGGUUGUGAUGAUUUGAGUGGUGACAAAGCGGAGUUUGUGGUUUAUACAUUGAUGCAUUUUUGGUUGGUUGAUAAUGAUUUUUCGCCGCUUCCUGUGAAUGUGUGUAAGUCGUUUGGUGUGAAUUUUUCGUUUCGGAGUGUUUUGGGGGAGACUCCUCCUACGGCUGGGUUGGGUGAGAUUGUGAAUGUCUUUGUGAAGUAUUUGAAUUUGAUUUCGAUGAACCUUGCUGAUGGAUCAGAUAAGGUUGCAUCUAUUGAGAGCCCAAGGUGGGGUAAAUUAGGGGGUGGUGGUGUUGUGAAGUCAGGGGAUGUGGGUAAUCGUUCUGUUGGUUCUUGGAAUGCAUUGAUUAAGAGGCCAUUGUACCGGUUUAUAUUGAGGACGUUUAUAUAUUGCCCAAUGGAGACUUCUAUCAAGAAUGCAUCUCAGGUGUUUUCCCUUUGGAUUAACUACAUAGAACCUUGGAACAUUAGCUCUGAAGAUUUUUCUGGUCUAGAUGUAAAUGCUGGGGUGUCGAGCAAUGGUACUAAAAAGGAAGUACAGUCUUCUUCAAGUGGAUAUUCUAGUUCCUGGCAAGGCUUUGUGUUGAUCAACUAUUUGUUCUAUAGUUCCUUGGUUAUGCAUUUUCUAGGAUUUGCUCACAAGUUUCUCCAUACGGACACAGAAGCAAUUGUACAGAUGGUAUCAAAGGUCUUAAGCAUAUUGACAUCGUCCAGUGAGCUGAUGAAUCUUAUAAACAAUGUGGACACUGUCUUCCAUUCUAAGCCUUCUGGGUCAUCCAAACCCAUACACAACAACUUGUACAGAUUUGUUCCAUCAAUCAGAGAACAACUGCAGGACUGGGAGGAUGGAUUGUGUGAAAAUGAUGCUGAUGGCUCUUUCUUGCACGAGAAUUGGAACAAAGAUUUGCAGUUAUUUAGUGAUGGUGAUGAUGGUGGACAACAGCUGCUACAGCUCUUUGUGUUGCGUGCUGAGUCGGAGCUGCAGACUGUCUUGGGAGAUAAUCAUGCUCACAAUAUGGCUUGUUUAGAUUCUAUCAAAGCCCGGAUGGGGUGCUUAUUUGGUAACUCUACUCCAAGGAACACACAAGCAGUCCCCGAGACGAGAGAAAAUCAGCAUCCACGUGAUGAGAUAUUUAGUCCUAGAAUGAUACGCAACAAGAAGCAAACCGGUAUGAAAUACAGGGGUGACUGGUUGAAGCGACCAGUCUCCAGUGAUGAGAUUGCAUGGCUUGCAAAGCUGCUUGUGACUUUAUCAUGUUGGUUGAACAAGAAACUUGGCCUCAAUCAUAGUGGAACCACCGAUAAUCAAGGCGCUGCUUGGUCCUACGUUGAGGUGUCGGGAGGCACAAGAAGUGUGAGUGGACCUGCAGACACAAUGAAAGUGGUGUUCUUGUCCAUUGUAUCUUGGCUUAUGUCAGUGAUUAGGGCAACACUAAAGCUCAUGAGAGACCAUGGCAUGAAGGUGAACUUGCGGAUACUUGCUUCAAAGAAGAUCAUGAUAUCACUGCUUAUGCUCGUUGCCUUCAGCAUCUUGAAGAAAGCAGUUUCCCCAUCCUAAACGCUGUAUAUAUUGUAGUUUAACCAUAAAGAAAAGAGAAACCAAAAGUGUUUUAUUAUAAAAAAGAGAAGAUCACAAAGAAAAAGUUUGAACAAUGGGUGGAGUCAAGAGUUAGAAGUUUCCUAGUUUUGGUGUUUUGUGGCAACAUGUGGGAAACAAUGUGCUCUGUUGUGUUGGCCGCAAUCGCAUGAAAACAUAUUACAUAUUGGUCAGUGAAAUAUUAUUUCCUCUCAUUUACUGCAGCCUAACAUUAUCAUAAAUCGAUAUUCUGUAAUAAGACACUUAUAUUUAUCGCUUCCGAAUAUGUUUAACUCUUGUUCACCACAAGGAAAAUGAACGAGACACAAGGAUGGUCUUUAAAGUGAUCAAUUUUAAAUGACUAGAUUGCAUGGCUUGUAAGACAAAGAAAAUGAUGAAAAUUGUGCCCCUAGUAAUUCACAAGAGAAUAUGGUGUGAACAUGAACCUGA